AUGUCACGGCACCCCCAGCUCCAGGAGUGGAAGGGCCCAUGGCCAACAUCUGCCGGAACCCAGCGCCAGCGGGCCGACCUGAAAUCGAUCCGGAAAGCUCCGCGGAAUAGAGCACGCACCGAACCGGAAGUCAUCCCACACUUUACGAUAUGGCCACACCAGCUCUGCUUCGAUGAUUUCUCAGACUCCGUGUUGGAGCACCAGAUCCGCGCGCCUCCCUUUGCCAGCGCCACUAAAUCCAGAAACGUAAAUAUACUCAACCCCCUGAAAACGCUCGACCGGCUCAUCGUACUGCUCAAGGUACAUGCGGGGAUCCGCACGCCUCAGCUGAUCCCCGAGAUGCAGGAGCGCUCUUCCGCUGUCAGGUGUGUAGCGCUUAACCUGCAGCGUGUGGAGGUGACCGGCGGGCGUGCAUCAGCUGAACCUACCGUCCGCACUCGCUGCAACGCACGCAGCGCCGCGCUGGUGCAUAACCGCUCGGUGUUCUCUGGACAAACAGAUGAUAAAGCUGCAGGAGUCUCAGAGGAUAUGCCGCUGGUCAGGACUUUACACACCACAAAGUCAUCUAUGCACAAUGAUGACUUGGUUGACAAAGUGCAACCUGGAGACAGAGUAAACAUCACAGGCAUUUACAGAGCCGCUCCCAUACGUCUGGACCCACGGCAGAGCUCCAGAGUGAAGUCUGUAUAUAAGACCACCUUCAGCGCCCAUAUUCGCCCCAGGAAGAGCGGGAUGGAAGCUGGCUUCCACAGACUGGAUGAGGGCGGCUACGAGAAACUCUUCACAAGAGAGCAGGUGGCGGUGCCCAAAGAACUAGCGGCUAAACCAGGCGUCUCAUUUAGUAGCUUAUCCUCCUGCGCUGGCCCAGCAUCUCACGAACACGAGGACAUCAAGAAGGGCAUCCUACUGUUGUUAUUUGGCGGGACUCGUAAGGUUACUCAGGCGGGCUGAGGAAACUUCUGCAGAGCCGAGGUCACGAUCCCGCUUCUCUAUGCUUAUCCGGGUACCAGCAAAUCCUGUGCCCUUCAGUACGCGGCUAACCUGGUUCCUCAUGGCCCGAGUACACGUCUAGGGAAAGGAUCCAGCGCUCGUAGGUCUCCACAAAGACACGUGAUGAAGGACCCGGAAAUGACAGCUGGUUCUGCAAGCCCAGGGCGCUGCGUGCGCGACAACGGCAUCUGCUGCAUCGACGAAGUUCGAUAAGAUGAGCGACAGCACGCCUCCGCGCUGCACGAGGUCAUGGAGCAGCAAACGCUGUCUAUUGCUAAGGCUGGAAUCAUCUGCCAGCUUAAUGCUCGGACGUCCAUCCUCGCCGCAGCCAAUCCGGUGGAGUCCCAGAACCCCAAGAAGACCACCAUAGAAAACAUCCAGCUGCCUCACACACUUCUGUCCAGGUUUGAUUUGAUCUUCCUGAUGCUGGACCCUCAGGAUGAGGCGUAUGACAGGCGCCUCGCUCGUCACCUCAGGUCUCAAUAUCAUCAGAGUGAGGAGCAGAUUUGAAGAGAGUAUCUGGACAUGGCAGUGUCAUGAAGGAUUACAUUGCUUUACAUUUCGCCGUCUGUGCAUCCCAGACCCAGCGCAAGGAAGCUAGUCGAGCCCCUUAUUGAGGCCUAUGUAGACAUGCGUAAGAUCGGCAGCGGCAGAGGGAUGGUGUCUAUGUACUCCGGAAAUCAGCUGGAGUCUCUCAUCAGACUGGCUGAAGCCUACGCCAAAGCACGUUUCUACCAAACAAGAGUGGAGUCCAUCAGCGUGGAGGAGGCCAAGAGACUGCACAGAGAAGCCCUGAAACAGUCUGCUAUUGAUCCCAGAACGGGACUAGUGGACCUGUCCAUCCUCACCACAGGGAUGAGUGCUACAGCUCGUAAGCGUAAAGAGGAAGUGGCCCAGGCUCUGAAGAAACUCAUCCAAUCAAAGGGAAAAACGCCAGCCAUGAAGUACCAGCAGCUGUUUGAUGAUCUCCGUGGCCAGUCAGAAGCGGCCAUCACAAAGGACAUGUUUGACGAGGCCCUCAGAGCACUCGCCGAUGAAGAUUAUCUGACCGUCACAGGAAAGACCGUUCGGCUUCUGUGAACGCUCUCCACGCCUCACCGCCGCUUCCUCUUUCCUUACUUGCUUUAUCCUGUUCUGUUUCUGCAGAGCCGUAUUGUUAAUAGUGAUAUGUAUGGACAAUUUCUGGUUGCAAUAAAUAUUUUGUUGUUCAAGAA